ACAAGCGAAAGCGAAAGUCUCCCCGCGAGUUAGGAGAAGCUGUAACCAAAAGCGAUUGAACGGUGCUGAACAUUACCGCUGCACGCGCUGCAGGAUGUUUCCCGGUUCGUCCAGGUUUAUCAGUUGACCAAUCGAUCUAACGUGCGCGAAGCACGUGAUCUUCUGCGCUCUACUUCCUUUAUCUUGAGCGCAAUGUUUGUCAGGCCACAGCGCGUUAGGCAUUAACUGCCGACCGCAGCGAUGUUAAUGUUUCUGGCAGCAGUCAGAUGAUUUCUCUCUCGUCCUGGAUGCAGCAGGGUAUAUAAUGAAAUCCCUCCCAUGUAUCCGUUGCACCCUUGGCCUGCUGCUUCUUUGUACUGUUGAUGCAGACAGUGGCAGAAAACCUAAUUUUGUCUUUAUGAUGGUGGACGAUUUAGGAAUUGGAGACCUUGGAUGCUAUGGAAACACAACACUGAGGACGCCCAACAUCGACAGACUGGCCCUGGAAGAGGUGAAACUAACCCAACAUAUAGCUGCUGCACCACUCUGCACUCCCAGCAGGGCGGCCUUCCUCACGGGCAGAUACCCUGUUCGCUCAGGUAUGGCAGCACAUGGGCGUAUGGGUGUUUUUCUCUUUUCUGCGUCGUCAGGAGGCCUUCCACAAGAAGAAAUCACCUUUGCCGAGGCUGUCAGAGGGCAAGGCUAUUCUACCGCUGUAAUUGGGAAAUGGCACUUGGGUCUCAACUGUGAAGACAGUGCUGACCACUGCCACCAUCCUACCUCUCAUGGCUUUGACUACUUCUAUGGCACCAUUAUGACGCACCUUCGAGACUGCCAGCCAGGACAUGGCUCUGUUCUACACUUUGUCUUUGGUUACAUCCCAUACAAGGCCAUUAUUAUUGGUUUAGUUUCCCUGGUGUUAUUCCAUGUUAAAGGAAUAAUAACGGUGACCAGGAGGGUGGUUUUUGGUGUCCUGAUCCUGUUAGGGGUAGUGGCGAGUCUCUUUGGUGCGUUGGUGUACACGUUCCCCAAUCUAAAUUGCUUUGUCAUGCGAGGGACGGACAUUGUGGAGCAACCAUAUACAUCAGAAAACCUCACACAAAGGAUGACCAAUGAAGCCAUUGAGUUUCUGGAUAGGAAUUCAGAGAGGCCAUUCUUGCUCUUCUUCUCAUUCCUCCAAGUCCACACUGGACUGUUUGCCUCUCCUCUCUUCAGAGGAAGAAGUCAGCAUGGCCUCUAUGGUGAUGCUGUCAUGGAGGUAGACUGGAGCGUAGGUCAGAUCAUGCAGACUUUGGAGCGCUUAAACUUGAAGGAAAACACAUUGGUGUACAUGACUUCAGAUCAGGGGCCUCACCUAGAAGAGAUUUCCAUCGAUGGAGAGAUGCACGGGGGUUAUAGCGGCAUAUAUAAAGCUGGCAAGUCAACUAACUGGGAAGGAGGGAUUCGGAUACCAGGGAUUCUUCGUUGGUCAAGUGUCUUACCUGCCGGGAAGGUCAUUGAUGAGCCCACUAGCAACAUGGAUAUUUUCCCCACGGUGCUGAAUUUAGCUGGUGCUUCUAUACCCAGCGACAGAGUCAUUGACGGUCAUGAUCUCUUGCCACUGUUGCAAGGGCAAGUGGAGCGCUCUGAACAUGAAUUUAUGUUUCAUUACUGCAAUGCCCAGCUGAAUGCUGUCAGAUGGCACCCGCCUAACAGUAACACAGUGUGGAAGGCCUUUUUCUUCACCCCUGACUUUUACCCAGAGAACAGCUCCACCUGCUUCCACACUCAUAUCUGCCUCUGCAUCAAGCCAUACGUCACCUUCCAUGACCCUCCGCUGCUUUACGACCUGUCAAAAGACCCAACAGAAAGCACCCCCCUGAGUCCAGACACUGAGCCCAAGUUCUACUCAGUUCUGGAGGUCAUAAGGGCAGCGGUCAGCCGUCAUGCAGAGAGCCUGAAGCCUGUCCCAGUACAAGUUUCUCCUCUGCAAAUAGUAUGGAAGCCCUGGCUCCAGCCCUGCUGCUCCUCUUUCAGUCAGCUGUGCACGUGUGAACGAGAUCAUCGGGUAGAGAAGAUGUGAAAUGAGCUUCAAAAAGAAUAGUCGGGUACACAGACUGUGACCUUCACAGACUAUGACCUUCAAAAAGGGCGUGUAAUACUUAAAAGGAUAGUUCAUACCAAUAAAAAAACUAUGCUCACCUUCAUGUCCUCUCAAAUCUGUAUGAUUUAAAAAAAACUGUAUUUUGGUUCUGAAAUUUGGUAACCAGACGGUUUUGACUACAUUCACAGGAACAGAAAAUCUUACAUAUUUGAGUAAAGAUGGCGAUAUACACUUUUGAGUGCACUUUCUCUACACUUUCUCUCUUUCUUUAGCUUAACUGGUUAAUUGUGAGGUAAGCGCGAUCACGUUUAAUGUUGUUCUGAGAAUUUUGUGGACGAAGUGCCAUAAUUUCCACACAAUUUGCAAUUUAGCGAGGGCAGGAAAACGGCUCUUCACUCUUCAAAUUCGGCAUGUUUGCCAAAAAUGUGCUUGGUUUAAAAAAGCGACCUUUGUGUAAACUUCGCUUCAUACAUCGCUAAUUUGUUGAUGACAAUUUUUUUUUUUUUAAAUCAAAUUUGGCUAAUUUAACUGAAUUGCAAUGCACUUUCGCUGCAAACAACACAAAGAACUAUACUAUUCCGAGCAGAUAUUAAAGAAAGAGGGGAAACAAAAAGCUAUUUUCUAAUCAAAUCUGUAUCGAGAUGUUUGUAAGCACAGCCAGGUUCUCUGUUCUGAGUUCUGUGUUCCAACUAGUCUGGAGAUGCAUCAUCCUGAUUGAACAUCGUAAGGUCAGGGAUUUUGUGAAGCAGUAAUUACUACCUUUAUGCUCGUAAGCUUUGAUCUAGCCUGCAACUGUUAACGACUCAAUACCCGUAAUGCCUUUUACAGGCUUUGGAGCUCUAAGGGGUUUUUUUGUGAUAUUUUUGGUAUCCAAUCUGUUUUGCUUAUUUUUGUGACUAAUCAGGCUGCACUGAAUGGUUUACAAUUUUUGCCAGCCAUAAGAGGCUCUCCAUGCUCUCAACAUCAUGUUCAUUACACUAAUCUCAUCACAUUAAAAAUGGUCUGUAUCAGGAAAUAAAAAGAUGUUUUGCCUAA